AUGGAAACUUAUAAAGCAUACUUUACAACAUAUAUACAUAUAUUUAUUGCAUAUUAUCUAAAACUAACAACAAUUCCUUAUUUAUCAAAAAUGACUCUUUUGAAUGCUUUUGUCUCAUUGAAAGUUGGUGCAACUGUAUCUCCUGUCAACAGACAAAAGCUAUCAACUAUAAAUGUACAUGAAACGAUGAAACUAGAAAGUUAUUACAAGAAAAGAAUAGAAUCAUUUGAAUUCAAUGUCUUGAAUGUCGUUGAAUCAUUAUUCAAAUCAUCGUCGUCACAGAAUGCUGUCGAGUCUUUAGAAGAAAAGAAAAGUUUGAAUAUAGUAUUUGGUUGUACUGAUGGUAGAAUCAUUGUUUAUAAACCUGUUAUCAAUACAAACAACAAUAAUAACAACACUAUAUCCUCGUCAUCAUCCCCUUCUCUGCCAUCAUCAUCAUCAUUUGCAUCUUCACAAACAUUGAUUGAUGAAGUCGAUAAAGAUAUUGUAGAGAUUCUAGAGACUAAAGGUACAUCUGUACAAUGUAUCUACUUUGAUGAUACUACCAAGUUUGGUACUACCGAUAUUGUCAGUGGUGACAGUCACGGUAACAUUGUCAUCUUUUCUAAUCAUCAGAUCAUCUAUCGUGAUUCUAUUGGUUCUGCAAUCUCUUGUUUAAUCACUCAUAAAUCAAUUAAUAAUGAUUCAAGUAUUAUUAUUGGUGAUCGAACGGGUGCACUUUCAUCUAUUAAACCUCAUCAACCAAUUCAAUGGAAAUUAAAAUUAGAUUUAAUAGAUGAUCGAUUGAAAUACUCUAAUAAUAAUAAUCGUUCAAUUGAUAAUGAUGAUGAUGAUGAUAAUGAUAAUGAUGAUAGUCAAGUUGAUGAAAAGAAAAAUACUACAUCAUCAUCGUCAACAUCUACAACUCCAUUAUAUGGUAGUUAUUACCAAACAUUGGCAUCAAAUAGUCAUUGUAUUAAAUGCAUGCAAUCGAUUGUAGUAAAGGAUAUUCAUGGAGCAGAGUGUAGUUAUAUAGUGGUGUCUGAUACUUCGAGUACUCUGCAUUUUAUCGAUCGUGGAUACCGAGUUGUCUCACUCAACGUACCAUCACCAGUAACAUCAAUGGCAGUUGGUUACUUUCAACAUAUAACUGACGAUGAUAACCUAUCGUUGGAAAACAACGGUUCAAAUCAACACCAACAAAUAGCACUUGGAUGUGAAAAUGGUUGGAUUUAUAUAAUGCAUAAUUAUAAAAUACAUCCAUAUGUACAAGUAGGAUACCCAAUUACAAAGAUAUUAAAGUAUACAGAACAACAAAAUAAUAUUUCAACCAAUCUAUUAGAUUAUAUCUUUUGUAUUGGUCAUUUUCAUUCUUUAAAAAUUUAUUUAAACAAAUUGUUAUCAACAGAAUAUUAUACAGAUGAUUGGAUUCAUACAAUGAGCUUUUUAAAUAAUCAACAACAACAAAAACAAAAAAAUAAUAAUCAUGGAAAUAAUAAUAAUAAUAAUAGUUUGACCAAGGAAGUAAUAAUAAUUGGAAAAUUAAAUAAUAGUAUUGAAUAUUUAUCUAUACUAUCAUAA